AUGCUCACCCUUCUCAAUAGCAGCUUCAAUUUUCCCCUUUACUGCAGCAUGUCGCGUCAAUUUAGAGAAACUUUUUUGUCCCUCUUUUGGACUCAUGGUCUGAUGCCCUGUAUUCAGCGUCUUAUGCCCUGCUGCCUUAAACAAUACUGCUGCCGUUUGCCAAAAUGUUUUUCACCGUCGCGCCAUGACAAGCCCCUUUCGUCUACAGAAAGGCUUGAUACAAAACUUCCUAGGAAGAGCUCAAACUCAUCUGAAAGAUGGCUUUGCAGGGCUCGUGCAGUUUGCUGUCGAUCGGAGCGAAAUUGUGCUUGCUAUUUUACCUGGUCGUCUUGUUUUGUUUAUCGUCCCGAUCGCUGUUCCGUUCUGUCGGAAGAAAUUAGACCUGUUAGCUCUUCAGAUGAGUCCUCCGCUUGUGAGUCUUUGGUUCCCAAUUUUGCUAUCUGCUACCGACGUGCACGACUAGUGGAGCAGAAAAAUUACGAAAACAACUCAAAAACAUCAACACCUGACAGUAAAUCCAAAUUAAAAUCCGAAGAAAAUGACAAAGAGCGAAAACAUGCCAUCCGAGCUGAAUAG